AGAUUAUGUUUCCUCGCAUUAAAACUUGGUGUCUUAUUCUGUCGGACUAUAUUUCGUGGUUUUGUAAACUUUAUUUCCGUUUCUAAAUUUGGUGGCCUCUUAAUAUCAUAAUGCCGCCAAAUACAAUUAGCGGAAGUUAACCGGAAGUUGUAUUACAUUAGCUAACAGUAGUUAGCGGUUUGCAAGCGAAGCUUUCAGCACCUGAUGAUCCGACGGAGCUUAUUAUUGAUUAAUAUAGAUCAGCGUAUCAGUUGCUUUACAGUCGGAUCAGAGGGUGUAAACUGUUUGGUUAUACUUCCGUCCCGGUCCCGAUUGUACGCGGGCUAUGUAAAGCGCCAGGCUCUGUAUGCCUGUAGCACCUGCACACCAAAGGGAGGAGAGGCAGCAGGAGUGUGUUUGGCCUGUUCAUAUAAAUGCCACGAAGGUCAUGACCUCUUCGAACUCUACACUAAGAGGAAUUUUCGCUGUGACUGUGGAAACAGGAAGUUCACAGAGCUUCAGUGUAAACUUUCCCCUGAUAAAGAUGAAGUCAACAGUCUGAAUAAAUACAGUCACAACUUCUUUGGCGUGUACUGUACCUGCAGCCGGCCUUAUCCAGAUCCAGACGACCAGGUGGAGGAUGAGAUGAUUCAGUGUGUGGUGUGUGAGGACUGGCUGCAUGGCAGGCACCUAGGCUGUGUAGUUCCAGACUGUGUGGAGCUGCAGGAGAUGAUCUGUGAGUCCUGUAUGAACAAAAACCCUUUCCUCUGGACCUAUGCUGCUCACCUGGCAGUUCCAGGAGCACCAGUACAAGAGAACGAGGAACGAGGCGGAGAGUCCAGCACAAACCUUUCUAACAGAGAAGGAUUGGUUGAUGAUGUCAUUGAGCCCAGCUGUAAGCGGAGCCGUGAGGAGGCGGAGCCUACUUGUAGACUGAAAGAACUGCAGGAGAUUGGUCAGAAAAGGAUCCAAUCUGGAGCUGUGUUCUGGCCAUCAGGCUGGCGCGCCAAGCUCUGCUCUUGUAACACCUGCCAGGAGCGUCUUUGUGAAGCUGGUCUGUCCUUCUUGUUGGACGAGUCGGACACCGUACUUGCCUAUGAAAAAAAAGGGAAAAACAAUGAACAGAAACAAGAAGGACAUGACCCUCUGAUGUCUGCGCUGGACAACCUGAACCGGGUGCAGCAGCUCGAGAUCAUCCACGGUUACAAUGACAUGAAAACUGAACUGAAGGACUUCCUGCAGAGAUUUGCAACUGAAGGAAAGGUUGUGACGUCUGAUGACAUCCGUCAGUUCUUUGAGCAGCAGCAGAGUCGAAAGCGACAACGGGUCGAUGCCACUGGACACUUCUACUGAUAACGUCUGACAUCCAACUAGCCAUGAAAUGACCUCUGACCUUCAUCUGUCUGGGAUCAUCCUCUUUUUCUUCUGUCAUUUCUUUGUCUGUUUCAGGCCCUGUGUUUAUGGAUUUUCUUAAAGUUGAACUUCCUGUUUUUAACAUGUGUGUUUCAGUGGUCAGCAACAUUGUCUCUUACUGUCCUCUUUGUUUCCUUUUUAAACAAAACCAAUAAAACUGAACCACAAAAACAAGUCAGCUCAUAUUUCAGGGUCAAUCAACAGUACUGAUUACAAUGUGAUGAGGUCACAGAGGAAACCUUAAAUCUACUGGUUGACUUAAACAAUGUUGAAGGAGAUCAAAAUUAAAACUGCUGCCGUUUGUGGUGUCUGCUGUCCAAAGAAGUAACUGCCACAGCUGGAUGACGGACUCUAAAACCUGACUGAAAGUCCUCAAACAAAUCA